AUGAAAGCGAAUGUUUGUGAUCGAUAUCGUCUCUAUGCUCUCUUGGAUCAUGAUUAUUGUAAUAUAAUGUAUGGAGAAUGUGGUGAAGUACUUAAGCAGAAGGACACCGAAGGAUCGCCAGGUGUUUACCCUUUUAGAAAUAAAAGAAAACUGGGGGGUCCAAGAGAAAUUGAUGGAACUGCAAUCAUAAUUCAUGUUUCCCUCGGAGACACGUGGGUUUCACCCUGCCUGAUUGUGCAGUACUUUCGGAAGAAGUACGACGAUCGCAGCGAUGUGCGCUUCAUUGUAUUGGAUUGCGAUGAAUGUGCUAAAGACGACGAUUGCACUUGUGAGCUGCUGUCAUUGAUCAUUCUCUAUGUUACGAUGACGAAGAAUGUUGGAGUCGUAGUUAUUCGAAAAGAAUGUAGAGGAUAUCAUGGUUUUGUGGUGGAUUUCGUUACAAAGCAUUUCGAAAAUACACUGCGAAGAAGACUCAGGAGUGUCGCUGCAGAGCACGGAAUCAAGAAUGUUUCAUUCAAAAGGCUUCCUAUCAAGAGCCAAUGUACCUACUCGUGUUUGGAUACUCAAGCGGGUGCUAUAUGUGCAAUUGUAAAUGAAUAUUUUGCGAAUGGUUUGCCAAUGGAAGUGGAUUUUGACGGUGACGUCAUUCGGAAUGUUUUGAAGGAUAUAGAAAUUGUAUUGAACGUUUCACUAUCACGUCACGUGUUUGAUAGGAGAGUGAAAAGGAGGAAAGGUGUAGCAUGUCUUGAUGUUUAUGAGGAGUGUUUUACACUAGGAGAAAUGAACAAAGUGUGUACAUCAUGUGGUGCACUGCUAUUUCCAAACGAGAGGCAAUCGGCAUGUUGUAACGGAGGCGAAGUUUCUGUUCCUGUGGAUGUAUUUGAUCAUACAAGAGAUCCAUUAUUAAAGUCAUUUUGGGAAACGGUUUUGAACGAUGAGCAUCUCUUCUACAUGAUUCGUCCUUUGAAUAAUCUUUUGGCUUGUGCUGGUGUGCAGUUGAACCUGAGAUCUUUUCCUGGAGGUUGUGCACAAAGGCCUUGA